AAAGCAAAAAUAAUAUUUAAUUUUGUAAUCAUAACUUUUAAUAGAGUAGAAAUACUAUAAUAGAGGUAUUCCUUGACUUACUUUAUGGUGAUUAGCAACUGUUUGAAGUUAUGAAGGAGCAAAAAAAAUUCACAUUCCGACAGCCAACCUACCACCCUGCAGCCACCCCAAAGUCACAUCGUAUUUUGAGGAUGCUGGGCAACCAGCCCAUAUUUAUGGCUGUUUGCAAUGUCCCACUGUCCCAUAACCAUUAUAUAUGAUUUUUUUUUGCAUGUAUUUCUAGUUUUUGCAGACAAUGGGUUCACUUGUCAACCAUGGCAUUUGUUUAAUGACAGCAGAUUCCCUUAAUGAUUGCUGCAAAAAGAUGUCAUAAAAUCAGAUGAAAGAAGUAGAAGAAUGUAUAGAAGAGAUGUUAAUAAGGCUGGAUGAGUUCUGUGGUAUGACUGAUAUGAUUAGGAGUGAUACAUCCAUUCUCUUGGAAGAGAUGAUUCCACUUAUUAAGGCCAAGGUUUCAGAAAUGAACAAUGUCUACACAAAAGUGGAUAAACUAGAGGCAUUUGUGAAAAUGGCCGGCCAUCAUGUUUCAUUCCUAGAAGAACAAAUUCUCCAAGCAGAGAAGAUCCAUGCUGGAUGUCCUCCUUCUAUUCAAAAGCUGCUUGGGCCACUAGUUUCCCCUUUAUUUAAAAAA